CCAGGGAGGGCAGCAAUGGAGGAGCCAGCGGUGCAGCAAGAAAAAAUAGAGAAAUCACAGGAACAGGGGGAGGAUAGAAGAAAGGCAGAUUGGAAAAAUGAAUGCUCUUUCUCGAAUUUGCUUAAGCAUUCUUGCUUUAUAUGUUGGUCAUCUCCUGGAGACACAGAUGUCAUAGAAAUGGAUGACCGAGUCCUGGCCAAGGCAGCCGAGAUCAGAGUAAGACCGCAGCACCUGCCUCUGGAGCUGGAAAAUGCAUUAGCAGUGGAGAACAUGGAACUUCAGGAGCAGCAAUCAGACUGUAGGGACUUAGAAGAGACCAUGGUGAAAUUUGAGAAACACAAAGAGAAAUUGAUCCAGCAGAUAAAGGCAACCAGACAGCUCUGCUAUGAAGAAAGUCAAAAGAUACUAUCCUUGCAAGCAGAAGAAGCACAAAAUGAGAGCCAGGUGGAGGAGUAUGAAAGAGAACUUGCCCGAGCUCGGUGGAGGCUGAAAAAGCUCAGAGAGGAGGUGAAGAGAGCAAAAAGGAAGGUGGAGGAGGCUCGAGAGAGAGACACUCCCCUCCAAGACUCCAUCAGACAGUCUUAUGAAGAGAUCCUACAGGAAGAGCACACUCUGUGUUCUUUGUCAGGAGGUGGAGUGACACCUGACAGCCAGCUUGAGGAAUCUGCAUCCCCUGCAGACACAACUGAAGAUGAUCCUCUUCCUAUGAAGCCGUGGGGAAGAAGCCAAUCACUGCCUGCUUAUGCUGACCUAAUAAUGGGGGCUGGCGAUUUAUCUUUCUGUAAUAAUCUAGCAGGUACCAGAGAGGAUGAUGAAAGUGGGAGCAGCUCUACAAAGGAAAUGGAUAGAUCAGACAUGGAAGAAGAUCCAGACAAUGACAAGAGCCACAAUGAAAGGAAUAAUGAGAUGGAAGAAGCUCCUACUCUUAACCCAACCCCGCUAAAUCAGCUGGACUUCUACCAAGUCAACCUGUUUACUUACUGUCAGACAGACAAUGAUCUCUUCAAUGAGGACCUGUUUCCUAAAACAGACUCAUCUGAUGGUUUUGCCUCAGACCCUUUCAAAGGCAGUGAUCCUUUUGCAAAAGAUAUUUUCUUUCCCAGUGCUAAUGACGAGUUGGAAAAUGAGGCAGACACCAGUUUGUCAUGUGCAGAAAACAAAGCUUCAACAGGAACUCAGUGCUUUGAAUCUGAAUUCCCAGAUGAAGAUAGUGACAUAGAAAUCAGCUACAGCAGAGAAGACUUGGAUGUCAUUGCUGUUGUAGAUGAUUCCAGUGGAUUUAAACCCAUUCAGAGCUCAUCAGAAGAGUUCAUGCCAGAACCAACCCUGGAGAGGAAGUGUCCAGGUCAGCAUUCCAUAGAAUCAGACCCGAGUGGGUAUGAGCUGGAUCUCUGUCCUGUCUCUUCACCCUCUAAAAUAGAGUACCACCAUGAAUUUCUAGCUGAGGAGGCUACCACUGAGGACACAGAAGGACCACAAGGUCCCAGUUGUGUUUCAACUCAGGCUGUCUGUCAUCGUCACAGUGGCAAAUUGAUGUUCGAAUCCAAAUGGAUAAGUGACAUAAAGCAAACUGAUCCUCAAGAUUUACCUUCCAGUGAGGUAACAGAAGGGGUAGAAAACACUACAGAGAAACCCAGAAAGGCAGAAUACCCCCACAAUCCAAUGGACUCUCAGAAACAAGAUGUUAUUAAAUCUGACUCUCAUCAAACCGAUUUAGAUUUAAGCUAUAAUUCAGCCAGUCCAUCUUGUUUCGACCCUUAUGGGUUUAAACUCAGUCCAGAGAACUCUAGUCGCACUCUAGUAGAUCCUGAUGAAGCUGAGCUUAGCCCAGAACAUGCAGCAAAUAUUAUCUUUGAUGGUGAUCCCUCGUCGUCUUCACCUUAUGGGCAAAAUUUUGAUCCCUAUGGGUUUGACAUCUCUGCCUGUCAAGUUGUGUGUGACUCUGACCCUUAUGGCUUUAAACUCAGUCCUGAUGAAGAGAACCAGGUGGUUUUAGACCUCUGUGGCAAUGAUGACCUGGAAGUAACUUAUGAAAACAAUGAAGAAUUGGAGAACUUCAACUAUGCCAACCAGGAAGUACUGAAUGCUCAGACAUAUGAAAAUCGAGAGGUCCUUGAAGAGUGUGACUACAAUUUUCAGAAAGUCAUAAAUUAUAGAAGUACUGGAAACCAGGAAGUGUUAGAGCCGCCUAGUUCAUUCAACAAGCAGCUGGUUACCCAUGAAAAAAGGGAACUUGUGGAUACCAGUUCUCAUGAAAAUCAGGAGGUGGUGGAGACCUGUCCAAAUAUCAACAAGGACAAUUUACCUGAACCUUUUAAUUACAAUAAUCAAGAGGUGCUGGAAAGAGACAUCAGUGGCAAUCAGGAACUACAAGGAUUUUCAUAUCCUGAAAACCAGGAAAUUUUGGAUUUAGAUAGUCACGAAAAUCAAGAGCUUCUGACUUUUUAUGACCCAGAAAAUCAGGCAGUACUUGUCUCAGAUUGCCAACAUAACAGGGAACCCCAGAAUCUCACAAUUACUGAAAAUCGGGAAUUACUAGAUUUACAUAGCCAUGACAACCAAGAGAUACCCGACAUGUACAGUCAUGAAAAAGUAGCCAACGUAAAAGGAGAUCAAGGCAUUGUUGAACCAGAACUCAAUCUCAGUUUUUCCAGUAACAGCUCAGACAGUGAUCUAGAAUCAAACAACAUUCAAAGAUUGGAACUUGGCCGCACAGAUGUCUCUUCUACCAACACCGCCAAUAUUGCUACAACUGACACACUUAACAAGACCAUCAGCAGAAUUUCAGCCAAACAUGACUCAACUAUUUCCGAUUCCCCAAACAGUCAAAAAAUUUUUGGAGCUGAUCUGGGAUCAGUAUUUGGUGCUGGAGGAUAUAUUGGUUGUCCUGAUGUAGCUGAUGAUUUGGAACCACUGAAAAGAAGCCAAGACAAACCAAAAUCAGCUCCAGAUCCAGUACGCUCUCAAAGACCUAUAAGGCCUCCAAGACCAUCUCUCAAGGUAAGUUUGAAAUCUUGAAGACAUUUAAGGCGACUAACCUUUUUUUUAACAGAAACUGUUCCCUGAGAUUCAUAAUAUUCAGUUGUUAUCUUGAAAUCGGGAGCUCAUGCUAUUGAGAAAUGACUGUGUGCUGGAGGAGUGGACUGGUGAAGAUUGAAAUGUCUGGAUCUGAUUUUACCCUGUCACUAACAUUUGGCCAUUACGUAUGUAAUGCACCAGCUCCAUCAUGAAGGAAGCUACACUAUGAAGCUUUCUGUAGAUUGCCUGUGCAGUAAAUAAGCAUUCAUCACUGCAAAGAGAGAAGUGCAGAGCGUAAGAACAUCUUUGCCAGCAAUAAAAUGCCCUAAGCAUUUUAUUGUUUAAAACUCUUGCUCCGAUUUUAAUUGCUCAAUAUUUGGAAGUGUGGUCAACAGGGACUGAAUAACUUAGUUCACUUCCUUCGCUGCCAUUUCCAAACUACAACUACUGCCAGACAAUUAUUCUCAAACGUAAUCGUUCACAACUAACUCCUCUUCCACAUUUCAAUAGUUCUCAUUGAACUAUUUGCUACCAGCAAACUCCCAACACAUCAUCACAAGGCCCGUUUUCUAAUCUCUGGGGAUUUUAAUCAUGCUUUUCUGUUCUCCACUCAUCCCACAUUUAUUCAAAAAUUUUAUCCUCACUCAGCAAUCAUGAAAAAGUAAUAUUUAGAGAUUAAUUUAUGUUUUAUGAUCUAGGGUAAAUAGCUAAAUGACCAUGCAGGUGUUUUCAGCCUAACCUUGGUGUGGGGAAGUUGGGUUAAAUUGAGCUUGAAAAAUGCUUAUUCUAAUGACAAAUGUUUUUUUUU